CCUGCCCAGCCCUGCCUUCGGGGUGAGGUCUGUUCCUGAGCACGGAGACAACCAGGGUUAGGAGGCUCCUUAUCCCCACCCAUGGAGGCCCCACCAGUGUCUGUCUCCCACCCCGUGGUCACCGAGAGCCCCAUGUGACAGAGGCAGAUGUUUCCUGCCUGAGGGGAAUGCUGUGUCAGUGCCCAGCAAGGCCCCAGCCAACAUCUCCCAGCCCAGCGAUGGGUCCCAACCUGCUCCUGUUGCUGCUCCUGGGACUAGCAGGCCAGGGCUCCGCUGGCAGCCUCCCCGAGGAGCUGCAGGCGCGGGUGGGCAGCUCCAUCCAGGUGCACUGUCACUACCGACCCCAGGAUGGCAGGGCUCGGAAGGUGUGGUGCCGGUUCUUGCCGGAGGGGUGCCAGCCCUUGGUGUCCUCAGGUGUGGACCGCAGAGCCCCAGGGCACAGCCGUACCUUCCUCACGGACAUGGGGAGUGGCCUGCUGCAGGUGGAGAUGACCUCCCUGAGGGAGGAGGAUGCCGGGGAGUACGGCUGCGUGGUGGAGACGGCCAAUGGGUCCCAGACAGUGCACAGGGUGGCUCUGGAGGUCCUCCCGGCAGCUCCUGGCCUGGCAGAGGAAGAGGAGGAAGAGGAGGAAGAAGAGUUACACAAGGUUGGCAGUGAGACUGACGCCCCCUCCUCAGGCCCCCUCGGCAGUGCCAGCCCUCUGGAGCCCAGCCCGCAUGAGAAGAGCCUCCCCUUCAUCUGGGGCUCUGUGCUCCUGCUGAGCUUGCUGGUGGUGGCGGUGGCGCUGCUCGCUGUGGUGGCCAGAAGGAAAGGGAACAGGCGCGGCGUCCCUGGCCAAUCCCACAGCAGCCGAGGUCCAGGCAUGGCGCUCUCCUCAGUGAUCCACACCAAUGACUCUGGACUGGCUGCAGAUGUGCCGUCGGACGUACCAUACGUCAGGCUCGACUCGCCACCUUCCUUUGACAGCACCACCUAUAGCAACCUAUCUCUUGAGCCCCCGUCAAGGAAACCCCCAGCCCCAGCCCCAGCCCCAUCCUCAUCGCACCCUCUGCCUCCUAAGGUCCUGAGCUGCUCCAAGCCUGUGACGUAUGCCACGGUCAUCUUCCCUGGAGGGGACAGGGCGGGAGGGCCCUCCAGGGAGCCAGCGCAGGAUCCUCCCCAGGGCCAGGCUCCGCCCAGCUGAGCUGCUCAUCACAAUGUGCUCACAGAGACCACCAGGGUUCUUUCUGUGCGCCCACCAGCCAGCCUGUGCCCUGCAUCCUCAGUGUGUCAGAGCAACUAGGGACUUUAGGGUCCAAUCUAAUGUCUAGACUUCUGACCUGGAGCGUGAUGACUGGUGUGACCCGGGUGUCUUAGGGGAGCCUCCCACACUGGCACCUCUGCCAUUACACCACUGGGCUAAAUAAACUAAAUGAUGAUCUA